UAACACAGACUUUGAAACGCUUCAUCUGCGUCAACACUUCAUGACGUCAUCUAGAAGCUGGGCACUGCGAGUACGUGGUGGGACAAGUAGAAAAGCGUCGUCCUCUGUAGGGCUGCGGGCGGCGAAGGCAGCAGAGGAUGUCCGCCUUCCAGAUGAACCUGGUCCCGCUCCAGGAGCCGCUGGGCUUCAUCAAGGUCUUGGAGUGGAUUGCUGCCAUUUUCUCUUUUGCCACCUGUGGGGGUUUUAAGGGCAAAACAGAAAUUCUAGUGAGUUGUAAUGGGACUAAGAAUGAAACUGUUACGGCUACUUUUGGUUAUCCAUUCAGGUUGAAUCAGGCAUCAUUUCAGUCACCUUCAAGUGUUUGUGGUGUAGAUUGGAAAAGACAUGUCCUCAUAGGAGAUUACUCCUCUUCUGCACAAUUCUAUGUUACAUUUGCAGUCUUUGUAUUCUUAUACUGCAUCGCCACCCUCCUGCUUUAUGUUGGUUACACAAACCUGUACCGGGAUAGUCGUAAACUUCCCAUGACUGACUUUGUUGUUACUGUUGUUGCCACUUUUUUGUGGUUGGUGAGCACUUCAGCCUGGGCUAAAGCUCUUACAGAUAUUAAAGUAGCUACAGGUCCCAGAAUUGUUCAGGAGCUUCUGCCUUGUAAACAGUCACCAACAGCGUGUCAUUUUGGCUCUGUGACAAGUAUGGGAUCCCUAAAUGUUUCUGUGAUCUUUGGCUUUCUGAAUAUGAUACUGUGGGGAGGAAAUGCUUGGUUUGUGUACAAGGAGACCAGCUUACAUAGUCCCUCAAAUACUUCUGGUUCCCAUGGCCAAGGAGGGGCUGCUCCUCCUCCUGGAAUAUAAUUCCAGGAGAAAUACACUGAACCAAACCUGUGUCUGUACCAUGACUUGUUGCCAACAUCUUGAGAAGCAUUUUUUUCUAAUAAAAGUAAUGCCUUUUUCAAUAAAUUGAUGGGUUUAAAAAUUUGCUGCUUUUUUACAUAAAAAUUGUGCCUUUCAUAGACAUUUAAGAUGUAAAUGUAUUCUUGCAUGUAAAUUUGAAAGUUCAGGAGCUUCUUAUGAGAUGAUACACGUUUUUAAAUGAACAAUAAUUUCUUCACUAACCUGUUUUCCUUUCAAAGUGUUUACAACCUUAAGCCUUAGCUAUAUCUUUACUCAGAAAACAAUUAUUUUGUCAUGUCAUAAUAGGAAAAAAAUCUUUAUUUGGAAUACACACUACCAUAAGUUUGUAUAAAUCAUAUACCUAAGACCUGUCUUUAAGAAAGCCUUAAUUACAUAAAAUAUAUUUGGAAAAGACAGUUCAAAUUUUGUCUGAACAUUGUUCAUGUUACAAAAAUGUUUAAUUGCAAAGACUGGGUAUAUGUUUUGUUUCUGUUUUUUUGGGUUUUUUGUUUUGUUUUCUUAAGUGACCUGCUGUGCUUAAUAGUUAUACUAAAACUGUGUUAGGACCAGGGACUUGGAAAUGUCAAACAAAUGUGUGGUUAAUUUAGUACUUCUGUUGCAUGAGGUCAGAGCUUUUAUGCUGGUGGCUUAAUAGGCUUGCUAUGGAAGUAGAAAGAACACAGUUCACCUGGCUGCUUUUAUAUGGAUAGGCAUUGCUCUUAGAAAUGUAUCUGUUGGCUCUCUUGUUGCAUAUGCCAUGUAAGUGCAGGUUGGGGCCUGGUCUUCUAAAAGGAGUAAAAUAAUACACCCCUUUUUUUGCAGACCUUAUUCAGAGGGUUAAAAAUAAUUUAAGAUUGCCUCUUUUGAAACCCUUAGCAUUUAGAGUCAGUGAAAUUGCUUCUCUGAGGUUAGCCUUGAUAUUGUGAAAAUAAAUGUGAUUUGGAUUUCAUGUUUGUUAAUAUUCUUAUUUUACCAAUGGAUGAUUAAGAAAUUAUGCAUCAUAAAAGAGCUUAAGUGGGCCAGGGAUUUAGCUCAGUGGUUCUGCUGCCUGUCUCGCAAGCGCAAGGUCCCAAGUUCGAUCCCCAGUAGCAAAAAAAAAACACACACAAAAAAAACCAUAAAAGAGCUUAAGUGAGCAAUAUUAUGAGUAUACUGUCUGUAUUUGAGUAUAUUCUGCAUAGAAAGCUUAUCCAUAUUUUGUUUCCUAAUCUUUUUAUUUUACAGGGAUCUAGACUAUUAUGUGAUUGUUUAUGUGAAGCACAUCUUGCAAUUGCCUUGUUUUUGUUGCCUUUAUUCAUGACAAAAAUGUCAACAUGAGAAUGUAUAUGUUUUAUGCAACAAAGUUAAUAAAGAAACUGAAAGAGUGCA